GUCAGUCUUCAACCCAAACGCGACGCGACGCGUUGCGAUGCGACGCUGUCCGAGCGAACCGAACGAUCCAAACUAUAUAAAAAUAAAUCGCAUCUAAAAAAAAAAAGCACAACAAAAGAAAAAAAAUAAAUAAAACAGCAAGCGGUGCCAAAAAUUUCAAAAUUAGAGUGUGGCAUAUCGUAAUGUGUCUUGUUUUCGGCACGUCUUGUAAAUAAUUGAGACAAUUUUAAAUGCAAAAUAUAGCAAAUAUAUAGGAGAAUUAGUAAUUGUCUAUCGAGAUGGCUGCAGUUAGCGCUAGGCGCAAGGACAGCGCCCAGCUGGACAAGCAGGAUAUGCAGAAGGCAGGCUGGAAGAUCGAUGAGCAUGAAAAAGCCUGCUAUAUAGACAUAGAUGAAAAUGACGACGAUCCGAAUGAUAAACUAGAUGAAUCGCAGCGUACCUAUUCCCGUUGGUCCGAGCUGCCCAAUCUGGUGCUCGAAGACAUAUUCACGUAUCUAACCCCCAAGGAACGUUACUAUGCCAGUCUGGUUUGCCGGCAAUGGUAUAGUGCCUUUUAUUUACCCACCGUUUGGAAUAAUUUUGUGGUCGAUGAUCGUACUCUGACGCGUCAAAAGUACAACUACUACUCGGGCUGGCAAUACUGUUUGGAUCAUAUGCGUACCCAGAAUUGUCUGGCACGCAUCGGCAAACAUUUGAGAGGCAUCGAGUUUCGACCCUGGCAUAGCUUCAAUAACAUCUAUCAGUUUAUGACAGUGCUCUCGUGGAGCAUGGAUAAGGGUUUGGAGCACAAUCCUCAGCGUGAGUUGGAGGGCAUGGGUCAACGCAUACGCUCGCUGGUCUAUCAUUUUCCCUGCAACAUGUCCCAGCGCAACGAUCCCGAAGGCAUCAAGCUCUUUGGCACCGGGGGUCAACUGCUGAAGGGGCUGAAGGAGCUAAUGCUGCGUUUGAGUGAUUUGCAUACAUUGAAGUUGAUUGAUUUUGUACUGGAACGCUUUGAGGCGAAUCAUUUGCUGGACGAAGUCGUGUGCAGCUGUUGCACCAAGAUGCGUGUCCUCAAUCUGGUGAACGUAACCACAACACAUUGCCCCAUUAUGCAUGUGGGUCUAUUUCUCAAUCUGCAGGUGUUGACUAUAUCGCCACAAAAUAUAGAUGAUGAUGUGAUAUCCUUGCUGGCGGACACAAAAUUGCGACAUUUGCAUUUGCUGCAAAACUGUUAUACGCCCAAUCAUCUUAGCAUUAGCGCCUGUGGCGUGAAAGCCUGGCGAAGUCUCAAAGCUACGAAUCCACGUCUGAGAGUCCAUCUGCGUGUGGAGAAUCUGGUGGACGGUGAGGUGGUGCUGCAGCCAGAGGCACCGGUGCACAGCAUCACGUAUUGGGCACCACAGGCACGCAUUCGCAUCGAUCUGCUCAUCCGCAUGCUGGAUCACUACAAGAACACCCUGGCCAUCUAUGGCCAUGAGCUGUUGCCCCGCUUCAGCAGUCCCAAAUCCUUUGACAAUCGCGUUGACAGCCUGCUACUGAUGAUGUGCCGACAGUGCUUCAAUCUGGAUACACUGAUCAUCCGGGAAAAGGUGUCCACAUCGACCCUGUUGUUGGUGGCGCGCACCGCAAAGAAUCUGCAACAGUUGCACGUGCGUCGCUUCGCUGUCAUCUUGCGCUGUGACUGGCCCCGGCACUCGGAGUGGACUGAUGAGUUCCAUUUGUGGCUGAGGCGCAACUCGCGCUCCUACGAAGCUGUUGAGCGUGAAAUCUCACAGAUAUUGGGCUAUAAAUGGCAUUUGCUCAGCGAUCGUGAUUUCAAGCAACUAACGAUUAAUCUAAAGGCGGGUGCGUAAAAGCCACGCCUACUUUCUGUACUGCGACGGCGACUUGUGAUAAACGGUGUAGAGCUUUAUAAAUUGUCGAAAUUUUGCUUUGCCAAAAUAAAGCAAAUAUUUAUUCAAGAAA